GAGAAACGCCUGCUCGAGUGGUUCGGUUUUAGGCUAUAUCCUUUCGCAUGUGUGCGCGUCCUUCUGGUGUGUUGAUUGUCUGAGGAAGCGCCUUGGGAUCAGCUUCUCCAUUUUUAUUUCCAGUGGGUUGUCCCGCAGUAGUGUUUCAGUGCUAAAGUGUGAAAAAGAAAUAGGUUCCAAAGUACCGUAUCUGCAGCAAAGGAAACAUUCGUAGAAUCGCACUGGAGCAACAGCAUCGGCAUCAAACAAGCGCUUUAUGAAAAGUGCUUGCCGAAAGUGGAAAAUAACAAUAAUAGGGAAAAGGCGAGCAAUCAGGUUGUUUUUUUUUGUUGUGCACCAUUUGGGGAUCUCUGCUGAGUGUUUUGACCCGUGAAAAAAAUCACCCACUAGAGAGCGCUAAAUCGUCAAAGAGGAAGAGAGUGAGAGAUAGUGCGAGUCGGGUGUGCGCUUCGCGCAACAACGGCCCCUUUUGUGAACUUAACGCCAACCGACAACCGCCAUCCUUGGCUGUGUGUGGAAAGGAACCUGCCACAAUCACCAACAGUCGCGGUGUUCGCACCGAACCGUUGGAGUCUUCUUCAGGUGGUCCGAAGGCCGGCUCCGACCGGUGGGGCGUGAGGUUAUCUCGUAUGCAUACGCCAAGCACAGCCACUACAACCGUCAUCGUAUGAUAAAGAAGUGAAAAACGUAGCACAGAACGGAACCGAAUAUGUGGCUCCCAGCGGUUAUGGAUUUACGGCUCCCGAUUCUCUGUUUGCUGAUAGUAGCAGAGUCAUCCCUCGGGUUGCGUACCGUACGUGUCACUGUGCCAACGGCGAUCCGCAAGGGUGACGCAGCUCAUCUCUACUGCAACUACGAGAUGGAGGAUAAGGAGCGGCUCUACUCAAUCAAGUGGUACAAAGGCAAACGGGAGUUCUACCGAUACACACCACUGGAGCAGCCCUCGAUGAAGGUUUUCAUCGUGAACGGCGUCGAAGUGGAGCGUUCCCUGUCCAACGAAAGCCACGUGGUCAUCAAACCCGCCAGUCUGUCGGGAAGAUUUAGUUGCGAAGUAUCCGCGGAUGCGCCGUCCUUCCACACAAUGAUCGAUUCCGGUGACAUGGAGGUGAUAGAGCCACCCACGGACAAACCAUCGAUAAUUGGAGUGCAAACGCGAUACCGUCCCGGGGACAUCCUGCGAGCGAAUUGUACGUCGCUGCAUUCCAAGCCCGCGGCCAACCUCACGUGGACCAUCAAUGAUGUGCCAGUGUUACAGCAACAAACGAGGCAAUACAAACCAAUCAAAGACGCCAGCACAAAAUUAGAAACCUCGGAGCUGGGGAUCAACGUUAUGAUCACACACAGCCAUUUCAUCAAAGGAAAACUAAGGCUCAAGUGCGACGCAACGAUUCAUCAGAUCUACCACGAAAGCACCGAGCGGUUGUUGGAGGAGGAUCGACCCCGGAUAUUGGCCACCGGAUCAUCCAGUGGGCACAAUAUGAACCUAUUCCAGAGCAACGUGUACGAUGGAGAGCUCACCGAUCAAGGUGAUCGGUACUUAACGAUGAAUGGUUAUAAAGCUGACAAAUCGUCACCCCCGUCGACCUCGUCGGCCGGAAUGAUCGUCGGAUCCUACGUGAAGGUAUGCUGGAUCACAUUCUACGUCUGUACCAUCUGUACCGUGCUGUUGUACUCGCUCCGAGUGGGAAUAUCCUGAUUGUACAAUCUGAAAGAGAUAAUCAAAAUAUAAAUAGCACAGGAAGCUAAGACAAGUGCAAGAGGAUUGAAAUGAAGCAACAGUAAUCGAAAACAGUAAACAACCGAUAGUCGACACCUGACGAGCAAAAAAAACAAUCGUGAGACAAACAAACAAUACCACCAUCUGCUUCCACAGAUCGCUUUACAAUCCUACCCUAAAAGGUGUUAUUUUGUUUCAUCCGAGAAGAGAGAAAAGAAUGCAGCAUUGAGUGAGUUAAGGAGCGAGCAGCAAUUGAACCUGAACGAGGACUGCAAUUAGCCGGGAUCUGCCGUAAGCUUCGCACCGGGUGGCAAAGAAAACGAGAGCAAACGAAUCUGCAAUUAACUGUAAUUGCUGAUAAGUUAUUCGGGAGAAGUAGUGACGAUUUACGAAUGACGAGAGAUAUGGAAGGGGAAGGAAGACAAAAUAAAUAUAGUGUUUAGUUGUAUGCGAAUGCUAAUGAACACAAAUAGAAGUGAAGAGGAAGUUAACUGCGGUGCGUUGAUUGGAAGAUGUCGAUCAAAAAUAACCAUCGAAUAAUAUCAGGUCUUGAUGAAUUGUUAAGAUUGUUUGCGAUGAAAUUAUCGUUUCGUUAUACAAAUAUACUUACUGUUACUGUUGGCAUUAUCUGGAACAAGGAAUAUGAACACUAGGCUGGCAGCGAAAAUGGUCGUGAAAUUUUUCAAAAACCGACCAUGUACAUUUUGUUAAUUGGCCCAAAAAAAUAACCUGUGCAAAAUUUCAGCUCAAUCGGACAUGAUUUAGGGGUGCCUCAACACGCUUCAAUUGUUGACCCUCGGUCCGUAAAAUUCGAUGAUGUUUUUUUUUUCCAUACAUCCAUUGUCACCCUAAUCGUCUGAAACUAAACCUAUCGUCUGAAACUAAACCUAUCGUCUGAAACUAAACCUAUCGUCUGAAACUAAACCUAUCGUCUGAAACUAAACCUAUCGUCUGAAACUAAACCUAUCGUCUGAAACUAUCACUGGUGAACGGUACCGAGUACAAAAAAAUUCGCCCCGCAGGAAAAAAGUUGAAGGGUAUCAGCAACACGAUUGCAUAGUUGACGUAGGAUUGCGAUAUUUGUUGAAUGCUGAUUUUAAAUAAAUUUGAAAAGGAUACGCCGCAUUUGCAAUUGUCAACUUGAAUUAGUAGUAUCAGUAUUGAAUUAUGGAGGCUUUCAACAUUUGUAUUUUGUUUACCUUUGCCCUUGAAAAACGCCAAUUAGGAAUACUAAAACUAACUAACAUCCAAUACCUUGAGAAAUGCCAUUUGGAAUGCCUCGAAAAUCGCCACUGUCUGGUAACUAGUUAGGUGACGGAUGAAUCAUGAAUGCCAAUUGCAAAGAGAGAAAUAGAAAGUGAGAAGAAUAAAGGAGAAAGUCUUGAAUUAUAAAGGUUUUAAACUUUCGCAAUCAAUUCGCUAGCCGAUCACCUUCAGUCGAAAUCCUCACGUUGCUCGAUUUUGAAUUCCUUGUUAAACGAACGUCUUGUGUUCUGUGCAAAUAUAUGGGAAGCUAUUUAAUCGUGGUAAAAUUAAAAAUGUUCUAUUUUACAAUAGAUUUUUAGGGGGUAUUUAAAUGCGAACAUCUAAUAAAUCCUUCAAUGAAUAGUUGAACAAUAAGCGCUCAAAAUUGCACGUUUUUCGAGACGUGACUGACAUUUAAUUUUCCAAUUUGUACCCUCAAUAUCAAACUGACUAAACGUACCGUUUUUUCGAUCAUUUUUUAAUGUUCCGUCUUUUUAUCAAAUCGUACCACAUUUCCAGUGCGAAGAAAAAAAUACUUAUUCCUUUUGAUUAUUUUUAAAUAAUUGUUUUCAAAUGAAGAUCAUCAACAUACAAUGUAGGGUUUGAUAAUCGAUAUUCUCAGGAUCGCUGUGAAUGUUUUAAUUGUUCUCAUAUCGUGUUUUCAAACGUGUUUAUGUAGAAUAACUGCACAGAUUUUGUGCUUUCAUCGGUGAAAAAUAUACUAAAUUGGUUGAGCGUGGCAAAACACGAUUCCUCUUAUUCCCUAUGACGUCCUAUUUAUCAUCAAAAAAAAACAUUCCUGUUAUAAAAUGGGAUUUAUUUGAAACCCCUCACAAAAAAUUGUUGCUUUUCAUCAGAGGGAGGCCUUGUUGAAAGAGGUGAAGUAUCUGCUACUGAAGUUGCUGGUAAGAAUUCUUCAGCUAGUGAGGGGAAAGGUGUUGUUAGAAGUCUCCUUGAUUCAGGUGAAAUAUAGGAGGCUAAAUUUCUUAAAACUGUGGAUUUUUACGAUACUUGCUGGGGUACAUUGAAAAAAGGAAGGCUCUAUGGGAUUCACAAUAGUAUAAAUUAAUUGUAUUAAAAUCCAUUGCUGAAUGGCCAGAGAUCUAAAGCAGCAUUUGUAGAAAAACUUCUUGUUCUGAUAGAUGAAAACAUUUGGUUUGAAGAGUGAACAAUGUAUGAAGGAUUUAUAAAAUAAUAAUUAAUAAAUAAAAGAGAUGGAGGAAUAUGUCUGGUAGAACCAAGGUCUGGCAAGGUGGCGGUUUUAGAUGAUGAGUCGAUGAUUACCCCAAUCCACACUCAUCUUGCGGAUCAAACGAAGCAAACUUGACAGCUCGACUGACUUGACAGCUUGAGCUGUGAUUUGUGUUGGUUGGAAUAGGUAUUCCAGGCCCUUGGGCAAAUAUUUUUGACGUAGGAAUACGUCUAACCGUUCAUUAUAGGGGCCCACCUCCUCAAAUAAUGAAUGGAUUUUGGUUCCAAAUACACACAUUGAUAGGAAAUAUUCUCAGCAAUUGUUUAUAUGCUUCACAUUACGGGUUCUCAGCUCAUAUAAAGUUCAAAUUGAUGAAAACUUGGAAGAAAGAAUUCCCUGUUGUCUACCAUACAAAUGAAACACAAAUUUCUACAUUAUUUGAGAAUUAAUCAAGCAAAUGCAACCAAAUUAGGCAUCUGGAAGUUAAGGGAUGCAAUAAUUUUUUCAAUGGUGGUUAGAAACUCCACCCCCUCUCUAAGUGGGGGGUGUUGUCUGCCAUACAAAUGAAACGCAAAUUCCUACAUUACUCGAGAAUUAAUGAAGCAAAUGGAGCCAAAUUGGUAUGUGAAGAUUUUAGGGGGCACAAAACGUUUCUAUGGUGAAUAUACACUCUUCCCCCCUCUCUAAGGGGAGUAGAGGGGAGGGGUAUGUCUUUAUUCUAUCAUAUUUUCUGUAUCAAACAUUUAUUCCAUGUGACGGAGAAACAUGUUAUUUGCAUAAUGAUGAGUUUUGGUAGAAGUACUAGGAUUUUUUUAGUAAAAGGUAAAUUCAAUGGGGUCGAUUAGAAGAUCAAUCAAUUAACAGUUCUACGAUUGGACUUGCCUUUGGAGAAACAUGGCGUCAUCAAUCGAUCUGAUGUGACAGAAGAUUUUCAUAUCAUCCGCGUAUAGUAAUCGUGGACUAUCUGAUAAAUAGUCGCAAUCGUUGAUGUGACAUAAAAAACAAGUGGAUUGAGAUGGUUACCCUGUGGUAUUCCAGAAAACGAUGCAAAAUGUGAGGAUAGAUGAUCAUCAAUCUUCACGCAGUUUGUCCUGCAGAUUGGAACCAUUGCAGCAGAUUACCGUAAACUCCGAUGCGUUCCAACUUGGCCACUGCGAUUGCGUGGUUCAGCAAGUUCGUAGUUGUGGAGCGUUCGGGCAUGAAUCCGUGCUGAUCGUUGCUGAUUAGUUCCUUAAAAUGGAAUUACAUAGACGGCAGAACGAUGAGUUCGAGCAUCUUUGACGUGGCACAUAAACUAGGAAUUCCUCUGUAGUUGUCAAUAUUCGAUUUGUCUCCUUUUUUAUGUACCGGAAACAUAUACAGUGACUCAAAUCCGUAAUCGUACUCCACCAUGCAGAUCUCUUUCCCCUUCUUUAGAAAGUCGAAAACAAGUUUUCAGAACAUUCUAUUUAUAUAAAAUUAAAGUGUCAUAUGAGAGUUAAAAGGUUUGCUAUCUGUUUUCAUAAUAAUUGUUUUAAUUUCUCUAAAAAUGGCGAAUGUAUGUGCUAAUGCAGGAAAAUUGACUCAAACUCAUAAUCGUUGCUGGUUGAAAUCUCUACUCGAUUUCGAAGGCGUUGUCCUAAUUCCAUGAUUAUUAUGCAAUUUUUUCAUUAAGUGGUUUUCAAAAACGUUAUUUUUAGAAAUUUAAUGGUUUCUAAAUUUCCUACACAGAUAACUCCCUUAGUUUUUUACUAGGAAUGAUGUCGGAAGAUUGUGGAGGAAUAUCAAUAACUUUUGAGUAUUUGUAAUGUAACCAUGUGCGAACUUCAUAUGUCUUGAGCUCUGGGUCAUUGUCUUGGCAAAACUUGAAUCCUCGAUUCCAUCUCUUUUUGUUCACCUUUUGCUACAUACUACACCUUUAGAAUGUUCAAGAAAACAUUCUGAUUCAUUACACCAUCAAUAAAAACACAAUUGAGCAAACAAAAAGUUUGUAAUAUGCCUAGGAAGGGCAGCUUGAAUGCCCGAACACAGAGGGACGAACCGUAUCUCAGUAAAAAAAUGAUCAGUAGCUCUAAUUUGAUUCUUUCAAACAGCAUGAAACACAUGAAUGUCUUACUGGUAACAUUUUAUUUCCAUAAAUGGGUCCUAAUUUUAUAUUUUUGACUCCGAUGGUUAUCGUUUCGUAUGGAGGAAGCGAACGAUGAAUUAAACGUAAAACAAAUCUAAAAGCAAGGUUUAAACAUGGUAGUGGUGGAGGGAUGAUAUGAAAAUGCAUGUAUGAGGUAUUUGGUUAUCAUCGAUGGUGUAUUGGGUCAGAAUGUUUACUCGAUCAUUCUGAAGGAGAAUAUGAAGCACAGUCUCAACAAAAUGGGAUAGAAUUGAGGAUUCAAGUUUUGCCAAUACAAUGACCCAGAGACAUAUGAAGUUCGCACAUGGUGACAUUACAAUUGCUCAAAAGUUAUUGAUAUUCCUCCACAAUCUUCCGACAUCAAUCCCAGUGUAAAACUGAGGAAAUUAUCUCUGUAGAAAAUUUAGAAACCAUAUAAUUUCCAAAAAUAACGAUUUUCAAAACCUAUCAAGUGGUUAUAGCCUUCCGAAUAUACCAAAGAAAACUCAUAAAUAUGGCCAAAGACAGCUAAAGAUAGUUGCAAUGAACAAGGGAUACCAUACUAAUGAUGGGAUUCGGAAAUUGGUCAACGCCUUCGAAAUCGAGUAGGGAUUUCAAUCAGCAACGAUUAUGAGUUUGAGUCAAUUUUCAUACAUUAGCUGAAAACAGAUAGCAAACCUUUUAACUCUCAUAUGACACUAUAAUUUUAUCUAAAUAUAAUGUUCCGAAAACUUGAUUUCGACUUUCAAAAGAAGGGCCCUGAAUUUUUUAACACCAACAGUUAUUUUCAUAUUUUACAAUAGGAAAACAAUAGUUUCGAGACUACGUGUUUGAUUCGAUUAUCGACAAUUUGUUAAAUAUAUUGAAAGCAGUCAUUUUGAUUUCGCUUUAGUUUGAUUUUUCGCAAUCCAUCUUCCAAUCGCCGUACCGCUUUCGCUUGGAAAAACGAAAAAGCAGAUGGACAGCAAAAUAAAAUAAAGUUAAAAUCACAAAAUAGAAAAUACAAUAGUAACUCUGGAAGUGAGACCGAUGAAGGAAGAAUGUAAAAAUCCCCUUUGAGAGUAGAUGACCGCUCGCCAUCUUCAUCGGGGGGCAAACUGUGUAAAUAGUUGUAGUUAUAAACACAAACAAUUGAAGCAAAUAUUAAGGGGCCGUUGGCAUAGCGAAGCGGAGCUAAUUUAGUAGGUAAUGUAAAUUGAAAGUUUCUGGCUGCUCUCAGAACAACGGACAAAGUAUAUGGAAGGAAUGUAAGACAAGCUUUGCCACUUUGAAUCAGAUGUCCGGCCAAAGAGAUAAUACUGCAAGCGGGAAAUUGGGAAUCAGCAACAGCGACAACAAUAACGAAUAUUGGGAAUAAGGUUGAACUGUGUAAAUAACUGUUUGAAGGCUGCUAAUGGGAGGUGUGUAAAUUAAUUUGUGAGUUGAUAUAAUGUAGAGGAAAUUUAUUAUCCAUUUGGCGGGCAAAUAAAGCGAACAGGAAGAAAGAGAGAAAAAAUGAAACAACACAAUAACAACGAUAGUAUCGAAACCACAAAUGAGAGGUAAAAUGAAUGGGUAGUCGAUGGUCGGGAGAUUUAUGGUAAUUAUUCUCUGGGCUACCAAUGGAUACGUUAGGUACAAUUAAUGACGAUUGAUAUCUCGCUGUGCGAAAUAGGUUUCAAUAUUAAAUGUGAAUUACGUUUUAUACGUUACAUCUAGUUUUAGGUUAAUUUUCAACUAGGCAUAUCGAAAAAUCGAAAUAUUCCUACUCAGCCAUUUCAUGCCAAACAGAUAUAUAUAUAUAUAUAUAUAUAU